AUGAGAACUAUUUCUCUUGUAAAAAGACUAAAAUGGUCUUUUUCUGGAAAUAUGAAUCCACAUGCGCUUGUUCUUGGUGAUGUUGACAACGAUAAUGAAAAUGAAUUUGUAAUUGGUAAUCUUAAUGGUGAUUUAGCUAUAUUUAAAGGUCAUUGUGAUGAUGGAUAUCCCUUAUAUGUUUGUCGUGGUUUAGGAACCAUAACCUGCAUUGCAAUUGGCGAUGUACGAAAUACUGGCAAAAAUUCAGUCGUUGUCAUUAAUGCAGAGGGACAUGCCCAUAUUUUUGAUAUUUCACCAAAAUUGUCCAAAAUGAAUACUCAAAAUGACAGUAAACAUAAGCAUCACAUUUCCAUUGAUGACUACUUGAAAGGAGGAAGACGAUCUUCUGAUACAUCAAGCAUCCAAGCUUUCCGUCACAUGAUGUCAGGAAACACCAACGAUCCUCUAUUUCAACAACAACAACAUAAUGCCAAGUCUCAUCAUCAAACCUCUCAACGUAUUCAUGAUUUAGGACAGCCCAACUUAACUUUGAAGGUGCCUGUUAACGUGAAUAAGAUUUUGAUUGCAGAUAUUGAUAAUGAUAAUCUUAAUGAGCUCAUUUUGGCUCGUACAGAUCGCAUUCUACAUGCUUUUCAACUCGUGCCUACUGAUCAUGGCUUUUUACAUUUUUACAAGGGAAUCCAAACCCCUUUUACUAGUAACAGCUCUUCUUCUGCAGUAUCACCUUCAGCAUCCUCUAUUAAUUUAGCAAGUCUAUCAAAACAACAUUCACCUCUUUUAAAUCAUCAACAAAAGAAAGCAACAGAAGAGGCUAAUAUAACAACAAGGUUAAAGUUGCUUGACAAGAAUAUGUGGGUCUUUGAUGGACAGAUUAGUUGCUUAUCCAUGACCUCACACCCAGAUAGACCUGAUCAACCUUUGUUACUUGUUGCUCAGCCUGGAAAUACAUUUACAAUUAUAGAUCAAGAUGGUAAAAGGUAUAAUCGAGAUUUUACUCCACAAAAUACUGCAACGAAUCAUUUUCCAAAUACCAUGGUAUCAAAUCAUAAUGAGCACUCUUCUUUGGAACAACAAAAGUCUUCAGUCUUAGUUGAAGAUCCUUCUAUAGGUAUCAAUGAGGACACAACAACCUUUAUGCAUCGUACUAACUACGUAGUCAAGAACUGGCCCGCAUUUACAAAUGAGAAUAACAAUACUAGUAUAGUAGAAAAUGCUAAAGUUGAUGAAAAUAGAGCUGUAGCUACAGAAAUUGUAAUUGGCAAACGACCCUCAACAAAUUCUGAAGUUGUAGGAAUGUUGAGUAUGGAUGGCAAAUUUUCAAUAUAUGAUUUAAAGACAAAGACAAUAUCUGAACGAGAUUUAUUUGUGACGCAUAAAUUAUUUAGUUUAGCAACCUUAGACAUCUCUACCACACCCUCCUACCAUCACCAUCGUCCUCCUACCAAACAGCAAACAUCAUUAUCAUCAUCAUCAUCAUCACCUCGUCAAUCACAAUCUUCUGCUUCCUCUUCUGCUUCCUCUUCUUUUUCUUCUUCUGAUGAUGAUAACGAAAGUAUACCCUGGAGUGCAGCAGAAGAAGAUGAAGACGAAGAAAAGGAACCAGGUUGUAAUCUUUUUGUUGCCUGUGCAUGGAAUGGCGUUACUUAUCUAAUAGAUUGGAGUAAAACAACAGCGAAUAAUAAAAUCAAAUAUCAACUUGUCAAGUUUGCUUUUGAAGGAAGAGUCUGUGCUUUUACAGCGGGCCUUUAUGCAGUAGAUAACAAAACAAAUGUACCUUGUUUAUUUUAUGUUGACUUUGAGGAUCAAAUAUAUGUGUAUUAUGAUGUACGUAUUCAACCUGGCCCAGUGAUGGGCUUUAUUGAUAUGAUAGACGAUGAUAUUGAGGAAGGAUUAGAUCGUAUUAUGGGUAUUGAAGGUGGUAUUGAGGCUUUGUUAUCACAGCAACAGCAGCAACAACAAAAAGAGAAUGAAUGUAACGAUGAAGAAGAAGAAGAAGAAGAAGAAAAUGCUAAGAUUGACUUGGGGGACGGAUGGCAAGGUAUUGUGGAUCAUUCAAUUCUAACAAGUGGUGAAUCACAGCAAGAUUCAGAUCCAUUAAACCUUGCUGAUUUUAUACAUGAAUGUCUAUAUGAAUUCCAUGAUAUGAAGGAUAGAAUGGAAAAGGAGGUACGACAGUUUGAACAGAAUCGACUUUUAAAUAGAGGAUCAAGACCAGGAGGAGAUACAGGAAGACGACUUUCUGACUUGAAUAUUACAAUUGAGCCACCUUCAAUAGUAGAUGAAGAUGAUACAAAUAAUAGUUUAAUAGUAGAUCAUACUAUCCCUAUUAGUUCUGACGAAGAAGAAGAAGAAACAGUCAGCCAUUAUGAAAGAAGCGAAAAUGAUAGACAACAUAUAGAAUCAUGGAUUGAGGAUUCAUUAAUUGAUUCUUCCAUAUUUAAUAAGGAUUAUGAUGACGAAGAUGAUGAUGAUGAUAAACAUUCUACCAACACAACAACAACAAGCGAGCUACUGUUAGCUUAA